CGGAAAUGGAGGGAGUGGGGGCCAGACUCGGCCGAUCCUCGACACGCUACGGACCUGCCACCGUUUUUACCGGUCCUGUCAGGAAAUGGAAGAAGAGGUGGGUCCACGUAACGCCGCCGAACUCCGGCAAUGUCAAUCAGAAUCAUCAGCAGGCCACGGCGAACGGCGGAGUUAACGGAAAUAAUGGCUCUCAUCUCUUGCUUCUCAAGUGGACACCUAUUACUGCGAGGCAGAACAAUAACAAUAGUAAUAACAGCAAUGGCGGCGUCGAUAAGAAUGACGACUCCAAAAGCUCCGCCAAAGACGAUGAUGUUGCUGUGGAGGAGCCGCGGAAGCGGAAAUUUAAGUAUAUACCGAUUGCUGUGCUUGAAGAACAAAAAAAUGAGUCCAUAGAAGAUGCUGAAUGUGAAGCCAAACCAAUAGACACUGAAACGGAUGUAGGCCAGCCGACUUCUAAGGCUGAUGGCUCAGAUGAAAAACCAAACAUCGAUGAUGCCACAAUGGAGGAAAAUCAGGCUCCAGAGGGUAGCAAUUCACAUGGACACAACACAAAUGAAAGCACAUUGGAUUUGAGUUUGGGCUUGGCUGGUGAUGGAGAAAAUGACUUACUAAAAGAUGAAUCAGAAGAAAUGAAGGAAAGUUGAACAGAGUUAACUCCAGUACCAUAGAUUUUCACCUCAGUGAAAUACUCUCCUCUCUUUGGCCUGGUACUAUAUUGCAGCCUGCUUUAGCCCUGCAACAGUGAACACUCAGUACAAGCCUUGGCCAUAAUAUGCUUUUUUUUUCUUUCUUUCUUUCUUUUCAUAUUUAGGAAAUUGUAAUUAGCAUUCGAUACUUUAAUAGAAAGGUAA